CACACUCUCUCUCAGACACACACUCUCUCUCUCACUUACUCACACACACACGCACAUACACACACUCUCUCUCACACACAGACACACACACAGGAUAAAACUGAAGUGGGUCUCCAAUUUCAGGUCCUCGGGUUCCGCCCUGAGUGUGGAAGUGGAUCUGCACACUUUUGUUCUGCUCAGUGUAGGAGCAAAUCGACUAAAGAUCACACCCUCCCACACACACACACACACACACACACACACACCACUGAAGACCAAAAAUAGUUGAAAUCAGCAAUAGACAUCACUGCAGGAGGAGAAAAUCUCUUCUGAGUGCUUAAAGGAGUUCAGAGGUUUCACUUUCAUUGCUUUUUCUCUUCGGUUUUCUGUAAAUACUGUAAACAGACAUUUAGGAAGAUGUGAUGUUGGAAAACGUCUUAUUUAGGAGGAGCUUUGAUUCCGAGGAUCACAUCAUCCCAAAGGAAUUGCUGGAAAUUUGUUUUCAUUACCCUGGAGCUCUAGUUGCUCUUUUCUUUCUCUGCUUUUCAGAAAGAACUGUUCUUCAGGAGGAAAAAAAAAUAUUUUCCAGCUUUUUAUGGAAUGCAUUGAUUUGGAAAGUUGCGUUUUCUUCUUGGAGCUUUUCUUCCUGAAGGAUCUGAGGGCGCUUUGUGUUCUAAUUCACUUUGAGUCACUGAUCUUUUCAGCAUCUCCGAGAAUCUUCAGUUUGUUCAUGGUUAUCUUACUGCGGUUGGAAAUCGUUCAUUAAAGUAAAGUUUUAUCGUCACCAUGACAACUCCACCGAGCUUCGGCUUCACGCAGGAGCAGGUGGCGUGUGUGUGCGAGGUUCUUCAGCAGGGUGAAGAUCUCGAGCGGCUCGGUCGAUUCCUGUGGUCACUUCCAGCGUGCGACCGUCUGCACAAGAACGAGUCGGUGCUCCAGGCCAAAGCGGCGGUGGCUUUUCACCGAGAAGACUUCGGCGAGCUCUACCGGAUCCUCGAGAGCCACCAGUUCUCCACGCAGAGCCACGCCGUGCUGCAGAAGCUGUGGCUCAGGGCGCACUACGCCGAGGCCGAGAGGCUGCGCGGGCGUCCGCUCGGUGCUGUCGGGAAGUACCGCGUACGCCGGAAGUUCCCUAUGCCGCGCACCAUCUGGGACGGAGAGGAGAUGAGCUACUGCUUCAAGGAGAAGUCUCGCUCCGUGCUGCGGGACUGGUACACACACAACCCCUACCCCUCUCCCCGAGAGAAACGGCAGCUUGCCGACACCACCGGACUGACCACCACACAGGUCAGCAACUGGUUCAAGAACCGGAGACAGAGAGACCGAGCUGCUGAGGCCAAGGACAGAGACAGUGAAGAUCUCAGCGUUAAUAAAACUCUUCAGGUCUGCAGCUCUGAUGAAGAUGAAGAGCAGCUCUUUCAUUCACGAAGCCCCGCCCCCAGAUCCUGCCCAAACCACGCCCCACAGUCGAACCUGAGACCCACCAGGAGCCUGAACCCAGACUCACAUGGUACCCAGAACCAGUACUCACACUGAACAAUUAACCACCUCACAGAGCCGGGACCUUAAAACUGAUGAUGAUGAUGAUGAUGAUUAUUAUUAUUAUUAUUAUUAUUAUUAUUAUUAUUAUUAUUAUUAUUAGCGUUAUGUAUUAAAACAUAAGAAACACACACUCACACAGACACAACACAUCUGUCUUAUACAGUAGUUUUUUCACUCCAGCUGAUUAUAUGGAUUUUAUAAAGUUAAACUAGUUAAAUAAUUAACUAACCUAGUUAAAAUGAUAAUUGUGCCCAAGAUUAAUUAUGUAUUGUACAUGCUUCCCCUUGCACUACCAUCAGCAUAAGAUUCUUAAUAGAUGCUACUGGACUCCAAAAAGACUGGUGAGACUUGAAUUGAGAGAUGACGCCCUCUGCUGGUGGUGUAAUCAGUACACAGGUUCUACAGGGCAUGAAAGCCUUUAUUAUCGCCACAUAUACAUUACAGCACAGUGGAAUUCUUUUGUUCACAUCCCCCAACUGAGGAGGUUGGGGUCAGAGUGCAGGGGCAGCUAUGAUACAGCACCCCUGGAGCAGAGAGGGUUGAGGGCCUUGCUCAAGGGCCCAGCAGUGGCAGCUUGGCUGUGCGGGGCCUUGAACCUCUGAUCAACAACCCAGAGCCUUAACCAGUGGAGCCACCACCGCCCCUCCAAUACUAUUAUAAUACUAGCGAUAAUUCUAUACUAUCGGGAUACUGUGGUUCAUGUGUUCUAUGAAAAAUUGUGAGAAAAAACAUACAGCAGAACCCUGCUGUAUGUAUGUUGGGGAUUAUUUAUUAUUAUACUAGAACGUACACAUGCCUCCUGCCCAUGGUUGGCGUCUAGCUAUGGUACCUGCCUGGGUGUAGAGACAUUCUGAGACACUGGAGGUCUCCACGCCUUCCUUCUAUGAUGAAUGAAUAUUCAGCUCGUCAGGACGUUAUGAUCGAUGUAUGAGAACACGGGGUCUGAGGAAGUAUUAUUUACAUAAAUAAAACUCGAUUAAAUCCGA